AGAAAGCUCAAAAACCGAAGUACCUUCUCCAAGAUUUUGAAACUGCAAGUGAACGCAUGGUGGCGCUGUUGUCUAAGAAGGAGAAUUAAACCGCAGUCACCGCGUAAACUGUAACACACCGAUCCAAUGUAGUAAAUUAGGGAUUGUGAACCGGCACCGAUUUAUAAGCAAGCAAAUCUGAGACUCUGGAAAGGAUUAUUCGCUAGGUCUUCUUUAAAGGUUGGGAGGCCAAAGAUUGCGUUUCCCAGUGCUGUUGGAGGCUAGUUUGGCAAUAUUUCUUGGAAGAACAUGGCAGAAAAUGCAGUGGAGGCUGGAGGAGAGCGCUUUCUUAAAAAGAGGCAAGUCCUGUUUCUCUUUGUUUUUCUGGGUGGGUCUCUGGCUGGGUCCCAGUCGAGACGCUACUCUGUGGCUGAGGAAAAAGAGAGGGGCUUUUUAAUAGCCAGUCUAGCAAAAGAUCUGGGGCUGAGUGCAGGGGAACUGGCCGCAAGGGGGGCCCAAAUUGUGUCUAAAGGGAACAAACAGCAUUUUCAGCUCAACCAUCAGACCGGGGAUUUGCUCCUGCUGGAGACAUUGGACCGGGAGGAGCUAUGCGGCCCCACAGAGCCAUGUGUACUGCAUUUUCAGAUAUUAUUGCAAAACCCCUUGCUGUUUAUUACAAAUGAACUCCAGGUCAUAGACAUAAAUGACCACUCUCCUGUAUUCUCUGAAAAUGAAAUGCAGCUAAAAAUCCUAGAAAACACUCCACCAGGAACAAUAAUUCCUUUGGAAAAUGCGGAGGACUUGGAUGUGGGAAAAAACAGCCUCCAAAACUACACGAUUACUCCUAAUUCCCAUUUCCACGUUCUCACACGCAGUCGCAGGGACAAAAGGAAGUACCCAGAACUAGUGCUGGACAAAGUGCUGGAUCGUGAAGAGCAGCCAGAGCUCACUUUAACGCUCACUGCGCUGGAUGGCGGGACUCCACCCAGAUCUGGGACCGUCCAGAUCCACAUCUUGGUCUUAGACAUAAACGACAACGCCCCAGAAUUUACACAGUCGCUAUAUGAGGUCCAAAUUCUAGAGAACAGCCCCCUUAACUCCGUUAUUGUCACUGUUUCGGCUUCUGAUUUAGAUACAGGAAAUUUUGGGACACUAUCAUACGCAUUUUUUCAUGCUUCUGAAGAAAUUCGAAAAACUUUUCAACUAAAUUCAAUUACUGGAGAUAUCCAGCUAACCAAAUGCUUGAAUUUCGAGGCGAUUAAUACUUAUGAAGUUGAUGUUGAAGCCAAGGAUGGUGGAGGCCUUUCAGGAAAAUCAACAGUGAUAGUUCAGGUGGUUGAUGUGAACGACAACCCACCAGAACUGAGCUUGUCCUCAAUUACCAGCCCUAUCCCAGAGAACUCGCCAGAGACUGUGGUGGCCAUUUUCAGUGUUUCUGAUCUAGACUCCGGAGACAAUGGGAGAAUGAUAUGUUCCAUCGAGAACGAUCUCCCCUUUGUCCUGAAACCAUCUGUAGAGAAUUUUUACACCCUAGUGUUAGAAGGAGCUCUAGACAGAGAGAGCCGAGCCCAGUACAACAUCACAAUCACGGUCACAGAUAUGGGGACACCCAGACUGAAAACCCAGCACAACAUAACGGUACUAGUGUCCGACGUCAACGACAACGCCCCCGCCUUCACCCAGGCCUCCUACACCCUGCGGGUCCGCGAGAACAACAGCCCCGCCCUGCACAUCGGCACCGUCAGCGCCACAGACACAGACGCCGGCGCCAACGCCCAGGUCACCUACUCGCUGCUGCCGCCCGCCGACCCGCACGUGCCCCUGGCCUCCCUCGUGUCCAUCAACGCCGACAACGGCCACCUGUUCGCCCUGCGGUCCCUGGACUACGAGGCCCUGCGCGCCUUCGAGUUCCGCGUGGGCGCCGCCGACCGCGGCUCGCCGCCGCUGAGCAGCCAGGCGCUGGUGCGCGUGCUCGUGGAGGACGACAACGACAACGCGCCCUUCGUGCUGUACCCGCUGCAGAACACCUCGGCGCCCUGCACCGAGCUGCUGCCCAGGGCGGCCGAGCCGGGUUACCUGGUGACCAAGGUGGUGGCGGUGGACGGCGACGCGGGCCAGAACGCCUGGCUGUCGUACCAGCUGCUCAAGGCCACGGAGCCCGGGCUGUUCGGCGUGUGGGCGCACAACGGCGAGGUGCGCACGGCCAGGCCGCUGAGCGAGCGCGACGCGGCCAGGCACAGGCUGCUGGUGCUGGUCAAGGACAAUGGCGAGCCGCCGCUGUCGGCCAGCGUCACGCUGCACGUGCUGCUGGUGGACGGCUUCUCGCAGCCCCACCUGCCGCCCCCGGAAGCGGAAGCGGAGGCGGCGGCCGCGGCGCCGGCCGACCCGCUCACCGUCUACCUGGUGGUGGCCUUGGCGUCCGUGUCGUCGCUCUUCCUCUUCUCGGUGCUGGUGUUCGUGGCGGUGCGGCUGUGCGGGCGGGGCGGGGCUGCGCGGGCGGGUCGCUGCUCGGUGCCCGAGGGCCCCUUCCCGGGCCACCUGGUGGACGUCAGCGGCACCGGCACCCUGUCCCACAGCUACCAGUACCAGGUUUGCGUGACGGAAGACCAUAGAACUGGUGAGUUCAAAUUCCUGAAGCCAAUAUUCCCCAACCUCUUAGUUCAGGACACUGAGAGAGAAAUUAAAGAAAGCUCCAACUGCAGGAAUCGUUUUGUAUUUAGUUAAGUGUUGUAUUUGGUCAAGUGAGCCUCUCCUUAAUUUUGGCAAGUCUAACUCCCAUUGCAGUACCUUUGUUUUAAGAAAUUGUAGAGGGGGAGGGUAUAACCCAGUGGCAGAGUGUGUGUUUAGCAUGCAUGAGGUCCUUGGUUCCAUCCCCAGUACCUCUACCAAAAAUAAAUAAAUAAACCUAAUUACCA